AAAAGAGCCUACAUUAUAUGGUAGGCGCGCCAGAUUUCAAAAUGGACGUCUCUGUGGCCAUGUCGCGGUCUGAAAGAAAACGAAAAGCAGACGAUGACAGUACUGCGGGCAUGUCGACAAUAAAAAAGCACCAGAAGAGACAGAAGCGGCGCUCCAGUUUCAUGAGAUCACGUUCACGGAAGUCUUUGCCCCCAGUCAAUAUAGAAAGUUCCGAAAUCCAUCAAAAGAUAUCAACAGACCUUCCAGAAGAAAAGAGACUAGAGCAAUUACAGCAGUCAAGUUUUGAGUACACCAUACAAAAGCUUAUAGCUGAGAUACCGCUCUUUCAGUCAGACGAUGAGCUCCAUUGUAAAAUGAGGAAAGCCUUUGAGGACACCUUAGCUGAUGUUGCCAAGUCUGGCAUCCUAACCCACGCCUGCAAGAAAAAUAGUUUGGAGCCGAAUCCCGCCAACCUGGAAAUGAAGGAAGUCUUGAUCAAGAUGCAGUCCCACAUCAGAAGGUUAUCAGACGAAGGAGACAAGUGGGAGAGUUUACUCCAGGAUCACGCUCAGUCGACCCGUGAUGCUGAAAAGAUUGCUGCAUCAGCUUCAGAACCUCAAACAGUGUCCAAGGUUCCUGAGACCUUGACCAUUCAGCAGAGGAGGCUACUUGCUGACCUACCAGACCUUGAGGGAAUAGCAGCAUGGGCCAAGACUUCAGCUGAGGAAACAGCCCUCCAGAUUGCUAAAGUUCACCAGACAGUCAAACAGAUGAUGAAGUUCAAAGAUUCCAUGGAGGAUUACCUUCAACAUGAGCUUGAGGUUUUUGCUGUUGAUUCCUUCGAUGGCUACCAAGACAUCACAGAUCCUAGGAAGUUGCUCUCAAAGGCUGGAACCAAUACUCAAGAAUGUCAAGCCUAAAUCAAAUGUGUAGCAGUGGACCCUGCUUGUAAGAAUGGCCUUUGCUAUGUUAUCAGGUUAUGAAUGAACUUUGCAUGGUGAGUUGAUGGGUUUAAGUCCGUCGUUAACACAAGAAUUUAUAUGAAAUAUCAAGGCGUCGGUCUUGAGUGACCGCUGCUCAAAAAGGCUCAAACUUUUGUCCAAGGAGCCAAUCAGUGCCUCAGAAUUAUGGCUAUGUUUUUAGAUCAUGUGGCUGGAAAUAAGCCAAUGCUCAGUAAUUGAUGUAGAUGUACUAUAUGUCAAAUCAUAACCAUCAAAGAAGGCUGCUACCAAUGGCUGGAAUCGCUGCCCAAGAAGUAGACUCAGUGCCUCAGAAUUAUGGCUAUGUUUUUAGAUCAUGUGGCUGGAAAAAAGCCAAUGCUCAGUAAUUAAUGUAGAUGUACUAUAUGUCAAAUCGUAACCAUUGAAAAAGGCUGCUACCAAUGGUUAGAAUCACUGCCCAAGAAGUAUAUAGGCAAAUCCAAGUAUGAAGUAUAAGUAGCAAGUGGCACAGACUUCACAUACAUGUACAUGUGCCCCUGGGACUUGUAGUAACUUUAUUUUAGGUCCAUUUGCCUAGAAAGAAGUAAGCAACAAUGGCCAUGUCAAUGUUCAUACCUAUCUUCUGCACUAACACAGUAACAAUCCUCCACUGAGAUCUUUCCGACUGGAAAUGAGCUAGCAGGAUUAAAGGUACAUAUUAAAAAAUUCUAAGACAAACAUGUUCACUGUAUUCCAUAUUCUGAACCCGGGAUCGAUUUAAUUUCUGGUCUAAAGUUAUAGUUUAACUAUGGAUAGCCUAUUUUGACACUGUUGUUUAACAUUGAAUGUUAAAUUUGUCAUUGUAUUUGGUGAUCAAUUCACUUGUAUAGUGUCUACAAAUAGCAAAAAGUAAGAAUAAUUUCUUCACCAUUAAAGCAGUAGGGAGAGAAGACAGUAAAGACAAGAAAGACGAAAAACAUUCAAAAUGAAUAAUUUUGAUUCCCAUAUUCUUAGCAUGCCAUGUUUUAAGUUCAAUUGGACUUGAAAGCAAUUAACCUUGGAAUAUUGCUCUGGCAGGCUGCAACAAAGGCCUGAGGUCAAAGGUCAAUGUGCUGGGAGAGAAGAAAAUCCAGGACCCCAUCAAGAGAUUUUCUAAAACUUUUAUUGAAAACGGCAAUAUAAAAG